AUGUCUCUCUUUCCUGGGCGCCGUUGCAAGCCACGGCUGUUUCAAAUCGACGGUAGUGCCGCCUUGCACCAACCAACGGUGGCGCUGAGAAUAGCAACUACAACUGUCGGCGCUGCAGCUGAGCUGCAUCUGACCCUCCCUCAGCUUGACUCAGCCACGGAUAUCCCUCAGCACUUCAAGGUCGAAGACACAGGUGUAAAAGUUCGACCCUAUGAAACCGCAAACCUGAUCUUGCUCGGACGAAGCCGACAACCAAGGUCGUCACAUCGUCCCCACUCGAUCCCUGAGCGUUGA